AUGUCUGAACCGAAUAGAAUAGAAGCAAACUUGGAAAAGUUCAACGAGCACGUGAGGAGAACUAGUGUGAGGCUCGCCAACCGAGCAGGUUCGGUCCCGCCAGAAGAUAGGUCGACUGUCCAAAUGCCAGACUUACCGAUUUCGACUUCCGGAUCUACUGGAACUCGUUCAACAACGACUGCCAGAGGGAGAGGUAGAGGACGCGCGAAGAAGUCCACCGUUAACACGAGGGCUAAUGCAGCCGCCCGAAGCCUUGCGGCUGCAGCUGCGACCAACGCAACCACUACUGAUGACGCGUCAGCCAAUCAGCAAGACCCGACGUCCAACCCGGAUACCGAAACUGAUACUAUCAACGGCGAAAGCUUGUCGGUAGAGCGAAACAAAGAUGCUACUCAACCAAACAGUUUGAUUGAAAGAGACUCGGUUAACGUCCCUGAGACACAAAAUCGUUCACCCGCCCGUCGUAAUACUGUCGCGGGUACUAAUGUAAGCCCACCAAGAGGCUUUCACUCCUGGUUGAAGGCAAACGGUCUUAUGGUUACAUCGGCUCAAGGUACCUCAUCUUCGGAUACUCCUAAUGUAUCGUCCAAUCAACGUUCGACCGCGAACAGGAACACUUUGCCGCUCCACAAGCAAGUUAACGCUGUAUCUGGUAUCAUCAAGUCAACUUCGCAAACACAUACCCAACCAACCGACCCCAAGAAGUCAUCGUCAGUCAAGUGGGUCGGUAUUAUUGACGACGCUAUAGAUACACCUACCAGUUCCCCGGCGGUUACUUCCGAUACCGCCGUCGAGAAAGAAACUAAAGUCAUAUGUGAUGACAAAGGUAUCAACACUAACGGUCUUGUCGCCCUGUCCAAAUAUUUUGACACUAGGAUGACGGCAGUAAAAGGUUAUAUUCCGUUGUCUAUCUUCAACACACACUGGCUUCAACAGGAUCUUCUACAACAGUCCUUUCGUCAACUUACUGCUAAGGAGAAAUUGAUGGAUGCCUAUGUCGGGAUGAAUGUACCAGUAGAGUGGAAAAUGUCAUUCGGAGAAUGGGUUGUCGCAUUCGACUUGUUCGUAGCUUAUUGUCGCCAUUACACCCAUAAUGAUUUAGCCAAUAAGUUAGUUAUCCAUAAGCAAAAUGUUCUGGAGAUAAUGAAGGAAAACAUGAACUGGCCUAUGGCUUUCCGCUACGACAUUGCUAUCCGAACUACCGUCAUGACCAUCCGCAACGCGAAUGGGAACCUUGCUAACCCGGCUCGUUAUAAUGAUUUCCACCCAUCCUUUGCCGAUAUGAACCCUUACGCUACUGGUGGACCGAAGGAGCACAUGAACCCAAUCACUGGGGAAGACCUUCGUAGCGGAUCUGCGAAUCAUAAUGCGAACUCGUCAAUGAUGCAAGGCAGUAGUAUCAACAAUCAGCCUUACCAUCCAAACAACCACGGUUUCCAUCAACACAACCAAAACGGCGGCAAGCCGAACGCUAGGUCUUGGUCACACGCCAACGGUAUGGUCUAUAACGGACCUGGUAGUGUCAAUUACCAGAACACCUCUGAAGAUCGGCGUAACAAUGGUCGCAAUACUCGAGGUAGAGGAAGAAGUGGCGGUUGGUUCAAUGGUGGCGGUGGUGGUAGAGACCCAAGCCCUCCUGCUCGGUGGAGUAGCGAUAACCCUCGUCGAGGCGAAGGAGGAGGUUCCUGGCGCAGAGACGACAGAAGAGAUGAUCGCAGAAAUGAUGAGCGCGACUAUAAUAAAGGCACAAAGCCAUACGGGAGUAACGGAAAGGCAAAUCUAUGA